AUGAUGAAUAACGGAAGCAACGGCUUUCAAUCCUCCUCUGCCAUUCAUACUCUUCAGAGUAUCAUCAAUAACAGCAAUGGCAAUAACAAUACUCUUCCUCCACGAAUGAAUAAUAACAACUCUCAAGCUCCAAUCGGUAGUGAAAUUAAACGUAAUGCCACUCCUUCUAACAAUGAAUAUUUCGGACUCUCCAUGCAACGAGCUAUUAGUGCUCCUCCUAUCAUGACUGAACUUGACAGCAACAAUAUAUUUGCCUCUCAAUCCAGAUAUUCUCACUUAUUUGGUGAUAUUCGUUGUGAAUCAGACUAUGCAAGUUUCUAUAACUCGUACUCGAACAAGGAUACGUUGCCAACACCUCUCGAGAUGGUAAAUUCGUCGUUUUUUAGUGGCCAUGCUGCAACAUCCUAUGAUAUGUUUGGAAAGAGCCAGAACAGCAACAAUACAUAUGCAUCUUCAACAACAACGGCACCAUCCUCUUCUGUGAGUGGUGGUGUUCAUCAUCAUCAUGUCAAUAACUUUAACGGUCAGCAGCAUCAUCUUUCUCAUCAAGGAGGAGGUGGUCAGUCCUAUCCAAUCAUGCAGCCUCCAUUCAACAUGAUGAAUACUAGUAGCCCUGGACCCAACAACAAUGGAAUGAUGAUGGAUUGGAAUAUGCAUCAACAAUCUCUACCUCCUCAACAACAACAACAUUUCAUGAAUGGAAUGACCUUUGAACAACAACAACGUCUCAUCAUUCAGAGUAAACAAUUGGAAGAGCUCAACAGACAGCAACAAAUGUUGGAAUAUAAUAGACAAUUAUUGCAACAGCAAAUGCAACAAAAUAGUCCUGGUAGUACAGGUGGUGGUGUUGGUAACAAUGUGUUUAUUCAAAAGCCAACUCCUAUUGGAGGUGGAAGUGCCAAUGGAAAUAACAGCCCAAUGAUGCAACAUCAUGGUGGAGCCAAUUUAAUCAUGACAUCACCUACUCAGGCUCAUCCAAACAUGAUCUUUAUGGGAGGAGCUUACCAACAACUGCCUAACAGCAACAAUAAUGUGAUGAUGGUUCAGGAUCCAUUAAGCAGUCCAACAGCAACAGGUAGCAACAACAUCAAUCAAAGCUCUGGUGGAGGAGGCCGAUCACCAAAUCAAGUCACUUCAAAUCCACCAGCUUUCAAUACUGUUGUUGCAAGCAAUUUGGUUCCUCCUGGAAACAGUACCUCACCAACCAUUGUGACUGCUUCUCCAAUGAGCAAUGGAACAGAAAACAGUUCAACAACACCCAAGUCCUCCAGCUCUCCAUCUGGAGGAGAAUCAUCGGACGAGUCUACCACGAGCAGCUCACCAGCCCUUACUUCAAAGAAGAGCAAGUCUAAAAAGAGCACUCAAAAUAGCCAAAGCAACAACAAUGGCAAAGAGAAGGAACUUUCUGAAGAAGAAAAGAAGACAAUGAAAUUGGCAAGCAUUCAAGACGCAAUUGGAAAAGUUUACAGUUUGGCAAAAGAUCAAUAUGGAUGUCGUUUCUUACAAAAGAAGCUCACAGACAGUGAUCAAAGUCUUCAAAUUAUUUUCGAUGAGAUUUAUGGCCAUAUUGUGGAGUUAAUGACAGAUCCAUUUGGUAAUUACUUGUGUCAAAAAUUGGUAGAGCAUUGCUCAAACGAACACAAGACACAAAUUAUUAGGGCAGUCUCAAAAGAUUUGAUUAACAUUUCAAUGAACAUGCAUGGUACAAGAGCUGUGCAAAAGCUGAUUGAAUGUCUCAAUACACAAGAUCAAAUCUCGCAAAUCAUUGAAGCUCUCAAAGACUCUGUAGUUCCACUCAUUAAGGAUUUGAAUGGCAACCAUGUGAUUCAACGUUGUCUCCAGCAAUUAUCAACAGAGAAUAAGCAGUUUAUUUACACUGCAGUUGCUGGACGUUGUGUUGAAGUGGCCACUCAUAAACACGGCUGUUGUGUUCUUCAGAGAUGCAUUGAUCACGCUUCAGAGGGUCAAAAGAUGAUGCUCAUUAAGGAGGUGAUUAAUCAUGCGUACACUCUCAUUCAGAAUCCUUUUGGAAAUUACGUGGUACAAUAUAUUUUGGAUUUGGGCGACGAUUCUGUCAAUGAAAAGAUUAUUGCCAGAUUUUAUGGACAUAUUACUUCCCUCUCGACCAACAAGUUUAGCUCCAACGUGGUUGAAAAGUGUCUCAGAAUUGGCAAUGAAAAUGUUAAAAGCGCAAUGAUUGAGGAAGUUUUAGAGGACAAGAAUUUAUCCAUUCUAUUACAAGAUUCAUUCGGUAAUUAUGUAGUCCAGACAGCCAUUUCCAUUUCUGAUCACGAUCAAUUCCAAAGAUUUAACAUUGCUGUAAAGCCAUAUCUCCCACUCAUCAAGAAUGCGCCAUAUUUCAAAAAGCUUGAAAGCAAGCUCAACAGAGCACCAAAGCAACCAACUUCACCAUCUCCAAAGUCCAAGAGCAAGUAG